GGAAGUGGUCUCCGACCAAAAAUUCUCUAUCCCUUUGUUUCUUUAUAAAUCACCACAUCUCCCACUUGGUUUUCAGGGCUCUCUCUCAAAAACCCUCUUCACUUUCAAUAUUUUUGGUUAUUACAUUUCAGCCCCUUUAUUUUUAUUUCAUACAUCGGAGCCCACUUUCUUCUCCAGGAGAAAGAUAUAGAUAUUACGGCGGCGGCGACGGCAAGAAAAAGACGAAAAUGCCCUUGUACACGGCGGCGGACACGAGCAAGACGGUGAAGCUCGAACGCUACAACAGUUAUCUCCGGAAAAUCCACAGCUCCAAAAUCAUCAAUGCCUCGUCGAAGCUCCUCUUCCGAGCAACCCUUCUCGUCGCUCUCCUCCUCGUCCUCGUCUUCGCCGUCAAUUACCCUCCUCUCUCCUUCUCCUCCUCCUCCGAUAACCACCGUCUCCAUCGCCGGAGCUUCCUCUCCACCGGAAUCUUCUCCUCUUCCUCCCUCGGCGGUGGAGCCGCCUGGGAAAAGCGCGUGAGACUGUCCUCCGCUCCUCGCCGGCCCAAUGGCUUCUCCGUCCUCGUCACCGGAGCCGCCGGGUUCGUCGGCUCUCACUGCUCGAUCGCGUUGAAGAAACGCGGUGAUGGCGUUCUGGGUCUGGACAAUUUCAACGAUUACUACGACCCAUCGCUCAAGCGAGCAAGGCAAAAUCUCCUGGAGAAACACCAGGUGUUCAUCGUUGAAGGAGAUCUGAACGAUGGUCCACUCUUGACCAAGCUCUUCGACGUUGUCCCCUUCACCCAUGUCCUCCACCUCGCGGCUCAGGCCGGUGUUCGCUACGCCAUGAAGAACCCACAGUCCUAUGUGCGCUCCAACAUCGCUGGAUUCGUCAACCUCCUCGAGGUCGCGAAGACGGCGAACCCUCAACCCGCCAUUGUCUGGGCUUCUGCGAGCUCCGUCUAUGGCCUCAACACAGAGAACCCAUUCUCCGAGGAGCAUCGUACGGACCAACCCGCGAGUCUAUACGCGGCGACGAAGAAGGCCGGAGAAGAAAUCGCCCACACUUACAACCACAUCUACGGGCUAUCUCUCACCGGUCUAAGAUUCUUCACCGUGUACGGCCCCUGGGGAAGACCGGACAUGGCGUACUUCUUCUUCACCAAAGACAUCCUCCAGGGGAAAUCCAUCGACAUCUACCAGACGCAGGACGACAAGGAGGUGGCGCGUGACUUCACCUACAUCGACGACAUCGUCAAAGGCUGUGUCGGAGCCCUCGACACGGCGGAGAAGAGCACCGGAAGCGGCGGGAAGAAGAAGGGACCCGCGCAGCUCCGUGUGUACAACCUCGGAAACACGUCGCCGGUUCCGGUCGGAAAACUUGUCGGAAUCUUGGAAGGACUGUUGGGGACGAAGGCGAAGAAACACGUGAUCAAGAUGCCAAGGAACGGUGACGUGCCCUACACGCAUGCGAACGUGAGCUUGGCUUACAGAGACUUCGGUUACAAGCCGGCGACUGAUCUCGCCGCGGGGCUGAGGAAGUUCGUCAAGUGGUACGUUGGUUAUUACGGGAUCCAUCCGAGGGUAAAAAGGGAAAUCUCCUCUCGCCCCGAAGAUUCCGCUUAGUCUGCUCCUCGUCUCGCCAUCAUCCUCACAUGCUUAUUUCCCAUCUCUUUUUAUAUAUAUAUAAAUUAUUUUAAGAUUUUCUAUAAAAAAAAAAAAAAGAAGAGAAAAAACGGAUUUCAGUAUUUUUCUCGUUUAUUAUUAUUAUUAUUAUUGAUGUUUAUGGGAUGGAGGGAAAUCACUGUAUUUGUAAUUUGUGUGUGAGAUGCAGAAGAAAGGGUAUAUAAAGUGGGAGAAAGAAAGGGGUAGAAAGGGAAAUAUAUAUGUUAUACUUUGUAAUAAGUGAUGACGUGUUGAUAGAUGUGUUGUGGUCAGGAUCUGCUGGAAAAGAAAAAGGGCAGAUCUCAACCGUUGGAUUUUUUGUUAAGGGGGAAUGAAACAUAUGGAGCAACUGUAACAUAAUAUAUAUAUUCUUCCUCUAUUUUUAUUUUUUGUCUCCUCUAUUUUCUUUUUCUGUUCAAUUUGAUUCUCCAUUGAAUGUUAUGGCUCCUUUUGUCAA